CAGAAUCAAAUAUCGUAAACAUGUAAACAACACCACGAGAUUGGAGUGAGCUUAGCAGAUUGUGGUGUUUCGUUUAGAGAAAUCGCAAAUUACAUACUUAAUUUGCCUUCAAUUAGUGUUUCAAAAUGUUUAGAAUUUCACUUUACCGCUUUGGGCUGUUACAUAAGAAUUUGAACGCCCGGUUGGUCAUCAACUGUUGCGACUUCAGUUCGGAUUCUGGUCAACAAAAUGAUGAUAGCGGAAAGAAGCAAGCUCAACCGGAGCAGACUGAUCAGAAAAAGUCAAGUGAAAAAUCUACGGCCGCUUUGAAGCGUCUCAACGAAUUGCUAACGAUGAUGAACACAGACAAUCAGGGAGAGUUGGCGCAACUGGUUAAGAAAGUCAAUAUCGCCCAGCCACCAAAGCAGGAAAGAGAAAAAGCCAAAAAGAAGCAGCAAGCGAAAGAUUCCGGCUCCGAUUCUGAUUCGGAUGACGAGAAACCGAAGGAUUUGCUCCAGGCAACUCGUAAUGUUGCCAGUUCUUUGGGCGGAGAUGCAAAUAAAACCGAGGCAGAAUUGUUGAAGAAACUUUUAGGGGGCUCAGAUUCGAAGGAAGCAGUCCCUGCAGGAAACUUGAAAAAUGUAAUCACCGGAAUGCAAGUUGAAAAGGAAGGAGGCGAUAGGACAAAAGGGAUACAGUUGACCCGAAGCAAGCUGGUUCGGAAAUCAAUUGAAAGUAAAGGAAGAAGAGACCAAGCCGAGCCUCAAAAGUUUUACGAAAAGAAAGAAAGGAAUCGUCUGACUGUGUUACAACCCACCGGAGCGAGUGUGAAGCUAUUCGAGGAGGAACCACUCAACAUUUUUACCGAUCCAUCCGUCGCCAGAGAAAGCCCAGAUAUUUUGAAAACGUGGAAAAAGCUUCAGGACCGUGAGCUGCGUUUGGCUGUAACACAUCCACCCGCCAACUAUUUCCAGAAGAUGGCUCUCUGGACGGAGCAAGGUAAAUUGUGGAAGUUCCCUAUCGAUAACGAACAAGGGCUGGAAAGGGAGGCUGAUGUGUCCUUUACCGAACACAUCUUUUUGGAAGAGCAUCUCGAACCAUGGUGUCCUAAGCGCGGUCCCAUUCGACAUUUCAUGGAGCUGGUUUGUGUUGGCCUCUCCAGAAAUUACCAUAUUACCGCACAGGAAAAGAAGGAACACAUACUAUGGUUCCGAGAUUACUUCGAGCAGAAAAAAGACAUCCUCAAGCAUGCUAUCGUGCAGCAGCCGGUUGUGUCCAGUGACAAGCAGGUUGAGCUGUGAAGAGUUCGAUGUUUCGUGAGUAGCUUAAUACAUGAAUACAUAAAUGAA